CAACGACCUCACACGAUGGCUGAACCCAAAACUUUCCGCAUUGCAGUCCUCCCAGGCGAUGGAAUCGGUCCUGAGGUUGUUAGAGAAGCUGUUCGCGUCCUCGAGCUCGCAUCUGAGCGCUCCUCAGACUUCAAGCUCGAGCUCAAGUCUUAUCCCUUUGGAGGAUGCGCCAUCGACGAAGUUGGCGAGCCUCUCCCCGAGGCUACUUUGAAGGCGUGUCAAGAGGCUGAUGCCAUCCUCAUGGGUUCCAUCGGCGGACCCAAGUGGGGUGUAGACGCCAAAGUCAGACCUGAACAGGGUCUCCUCGCUCUCCGCAAGACUCUCGGCCUCUACGCCAACAUCCGACCGGCCAACAUCGCUUCCGACUCUCUGCUCGACUACUCUCCCCUCCGUCCUGAAGUAGCCAAGGGAACCGACCUCAUCGUCGUUCGUGAGCUCAUCGGUGGAGCUUACUUUGGCAAGCGUAAAGAACAGGGUGUCGAUCCUGAUCCAGAGGCUGCUUGGGACACCAUGAUCUACAGUGUCCCUGAGGUCCAGCGCAUCACCCGUGUCGCUGCUCAGAUCGCCCUCGCUGCCAACCCUCCCCUCGAGAUCCACUCCAUCGACAAGGCCAACGUCCUCGCCAGCUCCAGAUUGUGGAGAAAGGUCGUCACCGAGACUCUCACGAACGAGUAUCCUCAACUCAAGUUCGACCACCAACUCGUCGACUCUGCUGCCAUGGUCAUCGUUGCCAAUCCCCGCAAGUUGAACGGUGUUAUUUUGACUGAGAACUUGUUUGGCGACAUUCUUUCCGACCAGUCUAGCGUCAUUCCUGGAUCAUUGGGUCUCCUCCCAUCUGCCUCACUCGCCGGAGCCCCUUCCUCCCCCAGCUCAGCCGACUUUAAGCCUACCUCCGGCUUGUACGAACCCAUUCACGGGUCUGCUCCAGAUAUCGCUGGCAAGGGCAUCGCCAACCCCAUCGGCACCAUUCUCAGCGCAGCCAUGUUGCUCCGAUAUUCUCUUGGCCUCGAAAAGCCUGCCGCCGCCAUCGAAGCCGCCGUCCGAAAGGUUCUGGAUAACCCUGAAAUCGGUGGCCUUGGUCUCCGAACUGCUGACCUCAAGGGCAACGUCGGAACUGCCGAGCUGGGUGACCGCAUCGUAGAAGUCCUAAAGACUCUUCUCUAAGCGCCACCAAAGAAAGAGUUGAACCGAGGAACAAUCGAAAGAGGGAACAUUUAGAAUAGAAUAAGGGAACAACAGCAUGUAAAAGUAUCGAACAAGUAAUGCUAUUGCUGGAUCUAACUCUGGAUUUUACACUCA